AGAUGAUGCUAAAUAAUACAACACUUUGUUGGUGACAUGGAUUUACUUUCCAACUAAGCACUUUGGACACACUUCAUAAACCCAAACCCUAUCUCUUAUUCUCCUCACUCCUCACUCUCAACAAUGGCCUCUGUUUCAGCCACUUCUCUCAGCUUCCAACCCUCUCUCAAGUUGUCCACAAGGACUAGCCAGGCUUGUUACAAAACAAUAGUGUGUGUGGGUUGGAGCAGGAAGAGCUUACCCUCUUUGAGAUCUUCCCGUUUCCGCAUUUGUGCGGUGCAAGCACAACCAGAGACAGUGCAGAAGGUGUGUGAUAUUGUGAGGAAACAACUUGCUCUGCCCCCUGAAUCAGAGCUUACCCCAGACACAAAAUUUUCAGCACUUGGUGCUGAUUCCCUUGACACGGUGGAAAUAGUUAUGGGUUUAGAGGAAGAGUUUGGCAUCACUGUUGAGGAGGAUGGCUCUCAAAACAUCUCAACCGUUCAAGAAGCUGCUGAUUUAAUAGAGAAACUCGUUCAAGACAAAACUGCACCAAGUUAAUCAUUCGUUUUUUGUGCGUAUGCGUAUUAUUUAGGAACUUUUUGUCCCAUUAUGACUUUGUUCAACUUGCUAUUUGUUGAAAGAGGUUAGCAUGCACAAAACGCUUUUUUUUCCUUUUCUUUCCUUCUUUGAGAUAAACAUCUCAUUUGCAUUUGUAGGGCAAGAGAUCAUAGGUGAUGUUAGUUAUGUUCUAUUUUUGCUAUCAAACGUGCUUUCUGCUUAUUUUCUUUCUGUUUAAUAAACUUUCACGUAGAGGGAUUUGCAGUAUGCAUCCA